CAUUGUGACAGCCAACUGUGUUCAUGAUUGAUUUUUCAACAAUAUUUAAUUUAAAAUUAGAUUAUUUUUUAGUGAAAUUGUUUACUAUUCUAAUGGUUUUUUAAUAUGGAAAAUUAUUUCAAAGGGAAAAAUGUUGAGGAAGAGAUGGAAAGAAGUAAAAUCCCAAUAAAUGGUUUACCUGAAAACUUCCUUUGGAUGCAGGUAAAAGGAGGAAGUAAAAUGGUGAAUUUAUUGUCACAUGCUUCGGGUAUUCUAGAGGAUAAAGCCGCAACAGCUGUCGUAUGGAGUGGGGCUGGAGUAGCAAUACCUAAAGCAAUCUCAUGUGCGGAAAUAUUAAAAAGGCAAUUCGCUAUCCAACACCAAAUAACGAAACUGACAUCUAAAAGUGUGGAGGAGUACUGGGAGCCGAAGCUUGAUGGACUAGAAACAAUAGUAGUGAAGAGACAAAUACCAGUGAUACAUAUUUUGUUAUCAGUUGAACAACCACUAGAAACUCCACUUGGAUACCAAACAUUACAUGGGAAGAAGUUUUGGGAACAAGAACAAUUCUCUAAACAAAACCAGCCACAUAAGACAAAAAAACCAUUUAAACAUAAGAAUGUUAAAUAAAAAUAAUAUAAUGUUCUUUU